AUGGAUUCGAAGCUGUACCUGGCAGAGAACGUUCUCAAUGAGCAUCACUUAUCGGGCAUUGAGUCGCGCGCUCAAAGUCCACGCCAACCGAGCCAAACAGUACGGCACCAGCAGCACAAAUCGCAAAUUGAAAUUGACACUAACACCUCAGGAUAUAGAAUACUUUACGAGUUUCAUCGCAACGAGAAUGCGAAAAAGCCGGCAACUGUCCACGCAACUUACGUCAUUUCUGGCAUCCAAAAGACCCCCGAGCCAGCACCUACAAAUGACAAUGGGAACGAUGAGGAUGAAGUGAUGGCCAGUAGUCCUUACCUUCCCAGCUCAAUGCCAAACCAGGGUGAAACCUUGGACUCAGUCCUCACUGCUUCUAUUGUCGUGGUGCGCGAGGAGGAUUUAGAAGAUGCCAAGGCAACAUUCCAGUCGAUAUCUUUCAUCCAUGUUUACAGUCUUGAGCCCUCAACCUUACCGGACUUGAAUGUGCUGGUUGACGCCAGCCGGGAGAAUGCUAGUACACAUGCGCAGGAUGAUCCAUUGGAGUGCGGGAAACAAUGGGGUAUGAUUCAAAACCAUAACGUCAAGCGGAGGACCGGCCCACGCCCACCCCCGGCUCCAGCGGCGAAAGCUCCAGCUGCGAAAGCGCCAGCUGUUAAGCCCAAAUCCUCCACCGAGUCGACAGUGCCUGCCAAACGACCAUUGCAAAAAGAAGCACCCCCUGCGAAGGCAGAGGCUAGCAAGCCCGAUGAAUCGAAGUCCCAAUCAGCAUCUGCUCCUGUCUCCCAGGCUUCCUCAAAGGCCUCUAGUAAACCUGCCCCUUCGAAGAAGGGCAGUCUCUUCAGCUCCUUCGCCAAAGCAAAGCCCAAGACCAAGGCUCCGGCCGCACCUGAGCCGGCGGCGCAAGAUAUGGUUCUUGACGAUGCCUCUGAAGGAGAAGCCGAGGAACUAUUUCCUGACAGCACCGAGAAGGCAGCUGCAGCCAACCGCGAAAGCAGGAAAGAGCGAGAGGAAAGGCUCAAGAAAAUGAUGGACGAUGACGAAGCAGAUGACGAAGAAAUGCCUGAUGUCGACGAAGAGCCCACACGGGAGCUAACCCCUGUGGAAGCACCGCCCCCAAUCAAGCCAGCAGAACUCAAAGAAGAGGUGACCGUCAACGGCGGUAGGCGACGCGGCAAGCGUCAAGUCAUGAAGAAAACUACAGUCAAAGACGAAGAAGGAUUCCUAGUAACUCGGGAAGAGCCGACAUGGGAGACUUUCUCUGAAGAUGAGCCGGCACCAAAGAAACCAGCGGUCAAUGUUCCCAAGGCCAAGGCCGGUAAACCCCAGGGACAAGGCCAGGGCAACAUUAUGUCGUUCUUUGGAAAGAAGUGA